UAAACAGAAUGUUUCUCAAACUUGGUUUACUCGUUUUUUUGUCAAUAUGUGUAUAUAUGAGCGAAGGGUUUACGGAAACAGAUUGCAAUGAAAAUCAUGAACGGGUAUCCUGCAAAUAUAAAUUGAAUGUGUACACAUGGAACAACGAAAUAAAACAUUGCGUAAGGGUUUCAUAUGGAGGUUGCAACCGUACUUCGAACAACUUUGCAUUCAGGCCUGACUGUGACAGGAUCGCCAGACCUAUUUGUACUAAGGAUUAUGCCAAUGCUAUCAAUGCAUUUUCUAAAGAAGCUUGCAACCACGAGGUCCAUCUUGGCGACCCAUACGAAAUACCAAAAUGCCCAGGAUAUAGAUAUGCAGUUUGGACAUGGAGCAGCAAAGAGCAAGCUUGUAGAGAAGCUUAUUAUUGGGGUUGUAAUGGUUCUGCAAACAGGUUUAUCAGUCGCGAAGACUGUGACAGAAUUGCAAGACCCAUUUGUACAUGAAGACUUUUGAGCCCAAAUAUACUUAACUGUCAGUUAAUUAAAUGAAAUGCAAAUCAACGCAAACCAAACAAAUAUCUUUUUUUUUUUUUUUUGACGGCCUAUUUCCGCCAGGGAAUUUGUCACAUCUUAGAAUUUCACCGAACCCAUCUUUGUCGAUGAUAAGGAUCUUUUCCGUGCAUAACAUCACUGAUACACAGGACCAACAGUUUCUCAUUGAUUUCCGAAAGAUGGCGUUUUUUUUAGACUUUUGUGUUAGAUACGCCCCUACGUGAUAAGAGGGACGAUAUAAUAGUAUAUGAACU